UUUAAUCCUUUGUAUUAGAUUGAACAAUAAUGAGAAAACUAAGCUGAACCUUAGAAAAAUAAAUAAUUAAACCGCAAAAGAACGUGUCAGAGAAUUCCUAUUUAUAAACAAAGGUCUUCGUUACAACGUAGCAUCAUAUUCGCCAAACAAUCUCUACACUCUCUGCAUCUGAUUCCAAAAUUGUGAAAAACCCAAAAGCUGAAUAAGCAAUGGCCGAUAAGCCAAGCCGAUCCCUGGUCUUAUUCGGUGAUGGGUUAGCUCGUUCCAUCGAUUCAUCGCACUCCCACUUUCACUCUCUCGCUUCUCUAUCUUCCUGCGGUUUUUUGAGUCUCCCAAAUUCUCCCCCAUCAGAAAGCGAGGAUGAGAGGACAGUUAGAGAAUUUGCAGUGCUGCUGGAUGCAUGCCACACUUAUUCAAAUAUGAAGGGGCAAAUCAGUGAUCGUGACAACCAAGAGGAUCCACCAAAACAAACCUUGCCUGAUAGGUUUAUCGGAAUGAAAGCUGCUAUUUUGACCAACAAUUCAAGCUUGAAGUCUUUUAGUGCCAAACUUGGAUUUAGUGUUCUUAAAUUGGAUGAGUUAGUGGGAGGAGGUUCUGCUGAGGUUGUGGCCCUUGAGCUGCUCAAGUUUCUUGGCUUUAAAGAAGGGAAGGUGCUGGACAGUGACCACUUUGAUCUUGUUUUCUUUCACAUUGGAGCUGGUGAACAAAAAGUGGUUGCUGCUGAUGUGGGGUAUAUGGAUGCCUUGGUUGGAGGGGUAAUGAGUCAAGCACAACCUGGAUCUGACAUCAGUUCACGUCUGCACUUAUCCGUUGUCAUGAGCUAUGGCAAUGUCUUAGAGGCUGAUGAUUCUAAGUUUUCUGUGUUAAAGAGGGUAGAUGAGAAGAACUCUCAUCUUUCAAUGCUUUAUCCUCUCCAAAGUUACACUAUGAAGGGAGGAAUUCCUCGAAAGGAUGUAAGACAUUAUUCUCCCAUGUUAAUUGCUCAAUGGCAAUCUGCGGUGACUCGCAAGGAUAAUGCAGAGAGAUUUUCUUUUGAAGAUUUUAUGGAGCAUGGUGGAAAUCUUACAAUACCAGCAGAUAGGUUCUUGCAUGAGAUAGCCUUUAAGCUUUGGAAAGCUCCCAAGUAUGGAGCCUGAUUUUUUUUUUUCCUUUUUCUUUUCAACUUUUUGUUGGCCUCUUGCCAUGGCAGCAGAGCUAUUUAAAAUUUCUGAUUAACAUGUUUUCUUCGGACUCUAAACUAAAGUAUAUACUCUGUUCCAUCAUGUAAUAAAUAAGAUUUUGAUGAUUGAAGGGUACACCUAUCUACUUAAA